AUGAAAUUUGAAAUUCUGACCACAUAACUGUUGGUCAUAUAAGAAUAAACGAAACCAGCUUAAUAAAACCACGAAAACAGCAGAGUGAAACCUUCAGUUCAGAGGAAACUGAUAGCCAGGAAAGUAUAACGUCAACAACAGGAAACAGAAGAAAUUUAAAGGCGUCAUUAAACUUUCUCAAGACUUGUCAUCGCUAGCUCCCAUGGUGAUGUUUUGAUGGAUGAACCACAGAGCAUCGUAAACAUAACUGGACACAGAGUUUGAAACUACAAACAUGACUCAAUCUGCUCAGAACAGCCUGUCUCCAUGGAUACAAGACCUGAUCCAGAGCUAUGGCAGUAAGGAGGGCAGCAGCAGCAAUGGGCGGCUGAAGGCUCAUGUACUCGGGGUUGGUCACAUGUCUCAAUCCCAGGCUCAGGUCUGUGAGGGCCCCACAGGUCCGAUCUUCCUGUCCGACGGGGCGGUCCAGAUCCCUGCCUUUCUCACCGCCUCAGCCUGGGAGCACCUUCAGGAACAGGAGGACCGAGAGUGUUUAACCAGCCUGCUCAACACCACCGUUAGCAUCCACGACUACCAGCUGCAGUUCCACAUGGCCCAGGAGCAGAUCAAGUGCAGGUUCUUCUUAUUAGUAGAAGGGCUGGUCACCGCUGCGGCAGGGCCCAUUCAGGAAUACACCCCUUGCUGCACCGCGCUGCCCUCUGUCAAGCAAAAGACAAGUGAAACGUGGAAGGCAUUGCAAGGUCAGGAGGAGUGGGAAUCUCAGAAGAACCAAUUUGGGUUCAAUCUGUCAGAGCUGCUAGCGGAGUGGCAACACGGGUCUCUGCAGGACAUUAUGGAAGAGGUGCGAGAAAGACUGAUGGCGGCAAGGAGUCAACUGGUGAGCCAGCAGCCCUCCACCUCGAUCUGCGACCCUGCACCGGUCCACCCAGACACACUCACUGCUACGAGCUGGGAUGUGGACAGAGUCAAAGAUAAGGGUAUAGAAUAUUUCAGUGUCCCUGUGAAGUGUCUUCUCAUCCCAGAAGAAGUCUCAAGCGGGCGCCUCGCUUUACCAAUCAUUACCAAACAUUCAGAGGACACCCAGCAUUCUGUUGAGGAUGCCGACUGGCAAAUGUCCAAGCCAGCAGUCAAAGAGAGUGAGCACAACACCAAUGAGAACCCCCCUCUCCCUGAGGAGGACAGCAUGCUGCAUGAGGACACAGUCAUAGGGAUAAUUGACAGCGACAUCAGACCUUUAGCCAAUCCUUGGGAUAUUUUUCCUCCACCGUGUGUCACCUCCUCGUCUUCUGAUGCAUCCCCGGAAGCAACAAUGAUCCACAGCCCACACAGUCCCACCACCGCCACUGAGCAUCCUGUGAUCAUAACCAGCACGCAACUUUCCAUCCACAGCUCAAAGGAAUCCAAAGGAGAGCAAAGCUUCUUCCCACCGUACCAGGAACCACCACCCUCCACCAGCCUCACCGCCUCCACAGCCUCAGAUUCUGUGAGUCCACCAGAACCAUACACCAGAUCACCAGACCUGGCACCUGCUGCAGAUGAAUGCCGCACCCACACCGCGCAGCCAGAUUCUUCCACUUUGGACCAAGAAAGCCAGAUUUUGGACAUGCAGGAGGAGACUGUUGAGAGAAAAUACAGGAAGGCAAAGAGAAAGAGAAGCGAGCCCAGAGCAGAAGCAGUCAGCACAUUAGGGGAGGACAAAAAGGAGGAAGCGCCGAUAAGUGGGAGUCCUCCAUCAUGGCUUUUUGACACUCAGACGGGCCCCACGGCUAAAAAAGGCACCAGUCACCUUCAGGGUCAAGCCAUAGUGAUGUCCUCUAGAAAGACCCCAACGUGUCACAGUGAUAGCACACGGUUCUCUUACUCAUACAAAGUGUCAGGUCAGAAUCUGACAGAUUUGAGCCGGUUUGCAGUUUCAGAGCCGUUGGUACAAUGGGCGGUGAAGUAUCUCAUUCCAAACCAGAACGAUAAUCCACAAAACACAUCAGAAAUGUCCGGUCACAAGUCAUCCACACUUUAGCUUCAAAAUGUUAUUUGCAAAUCUUUAGUUUUUCAAAGCUAGAUCGGGACACAUAUGUAUGUGUGUUUAAUGCUUCACUAUGUUUGCUAACUUUGUCU